CAGUUUGAAUUCCACAUGUUCACUCAAGCCAUCAAUUUCUGCCCUGCAUCAAUCCAAACAAACAUGAUGAUGGAAUCCACCACCACUACCACCCCUACCCCUCACCACCACCAAACCCAAUUGAUUGUUGCUGCUCCGGCCACCAGCAGCGAAGAGAACACCAUCAAAUCAUCUGCCGCUGCUACACCUACAGUUUCAGCUUCACCACCGGUGAAGAAACGAGCCGAGACUUGGGUCAAAGAAGAAACUCGAACCCUAAUUAUCCUCCGUCAUGAGAUCGAUUCACUUUUCAACACUUCCAAGUCAAACAAGCACUUGUGGGAUCAGAUUUCAUUCAAGAUGAGAGAAAAGGGUUUUGAUCGAUCUCCCACCAUGUGUACGGACAAGUGGAGGAACUUACUGAAGGAGUUUAAGAAAGCUAAACAACACGAAAAUGGGGGGAAUCAUAAUGGGUAUUCGGCAAAUAGUAAGAUGCAGUUUUACAAAGAAGUUGAAGAGAUUAUUAGGGAUAGAAACAAAAAUUGUAAGGUUGAUUCCUUCAUGCACUUCUCUGAUAAAGGUGUAGAGGAUACGAGCAUCGCUUUUGGACCUGUAGAAGGCAUGUCAAAUUUUUCUAGCACCAAUGAUGCCCGAGGAGCUCUAAAUCUAGAAAGACGGUUGGAUCAAGAGGGGCAUCCGCUUGCCAUCACUGCAGCCGAUACCAUGGCAGCAACGGGAGUUUCUCCAUGGAAUUGGAGGGAGACUCCUGGAAAUGUUGCAGGUGAUCAGAAUAACAGUUAUGGUGGUAGGGUUAUUUCUGUCAAAUUGGGGGAUUACACACGACGAAUUGGUAUUGAUGGCUCAUCGGAAGCCAUAAAAGAAACCAUCAAGUCCGCUUUCAGGCUGAGAACAAACAGGGCGUUUUGGUUGGAAGAUGUCGAUAACAUAGUGCGGACGCUCGAUAGGGACAUGCCUCUCGGAAACUACUCUCUUCAUGUUGAUGAAGGGCUUAUGAUCAAAGUAUGCUUGUUCGAGGAGCCAGAUCAUGUGCCAGUCCAUACGGAAGACAAGAUCUUUUACACCGAAGACGAUUUCCGUGAUUUUUUGUCCCGCAGAGGCUGGAUUUGUUUGAGAGAAUACAACGGGUACAGAAAUGUCGAUAUUAUGGACGAGCUUUGCCCAGGUGCAAUUUACCGUGGUAUUAGCUAGGCUCGACCACAUUGUAAUGUUUCGGUUUUUCCGAUAAUUUUGCUUAACAAUUUUCAUGAAUACAAGGGCAACAUUUCUUGCAAAUUCUUCAAUUUCAAUUGCCCAUUUCUUUUAAAGUUUCCAUAUAUUUCAAGGCUUACACAAACUGAAUCAAAAACCAUUGACCUUUAAAGGGUCAACAAGAAAAGGACACAAAAGCAAAA